AUGGAAGUCUGGAGCUUCAAGUUAUUACCUUUAUUGGGAUUGCUAGGUUAUGUCAUCUACUGGUUUUUUGGGAUGGUCGAAGUCUAUUGGUUGAAGCCAAAGAGACUUGAGAAAAUUCUCAGGGAACAAGGGUUCAAAGGGAAUCCCUAUAGGCUAUUGCGAGGAGACCAGCAUGAAAAUGAUAAAUUACUCAAGGAAACUUUGUCCAAGCCUAUUCAGCUUGAAGAUAAUAUCAUAAAACGCAUGAUGCCUGAUGUCUACAAAACUCUCCAAAUCCAUGGAAAAAAUUCUUUCAUGUGGAUUGGACGAUAUCCGAGGGUGACUCUGACAGAUCCAACACUAGUAAAGGAAGUCUUGACUAAAUAUGUCACAUUUCAGAAGAGUUAUCAUGAUCUUGAUCCUCUCAUCGAAAUUCUUUUCACUGGUGUGGCCUGUGCUGAGGGGCAGAAGUGGGCGAAGCAUAGGAAGAUCAUCAACCCUGCUUUCAGUUUUGAUAAGCUAAAGCUUAUGCUGCCUGCAUUUCAAAUGAGCUGCGUUGAAACGGUGAACAAAUGGAGCAGAUUGAUCCCUGAGGGUGGCUCAGCAGAGGUGGAUGUCUGGAAAGGUAUUGAAGGCUUAUCAGGAGGUGUAAUUUCGAGAGCACUUUUUGGGACCAGCUAUGAAGAAGGAAGCGUGAUUGUUGAACUUAUGAAAGAACUCGCCUCUCUUACAUGGGAAGCCGUUCGGUCAGUUUACUUUCCAGGAAAGAGGUUUCUGCCGCUUAAGAGGAACAACAGGAUGAGGGCAAUAGACAGAGAAUUAAGAGUCAAGAUCACAGAAAUGAUCAACAAAAAGAUGAAGGCAAUGCAAGCAGGAGAAUCCAGUGAUGACUUCUUGGGGAUAUUGCUGGAAUCCAAUAUGAAUGAGAUUAAGCUCCAAGGAAGCAAAACUGCAGGAUUGACCAUUGAACAGAACAUUAAUGAGUGCAAAGUGUUCUACUGGGCUGGGCAGGACACUAGCUCAACUUUGAUGCUUUGGUCACUCGUCCUCCUGAGUAAGCACCCUGAGUGGCAGGAACGUGCCAGAGAAGAAAUUUUGCAAGUUUUUGGGGACAAAGAUCCAUACUAUGAUGGUUUAAGCCACCUCAAAAUUGUACCUAUGAUCUUGAACGAGAUCCUAAGGUUAUAUCCACCACUAGCUGAGCUCUCCAAAGUGGCUACUGAAGAUACACAAUUUGGAAAGUAUUUUAUUCCAGCUGGUGUGCAAAUGAUGAAUCCACAAAUAGUCCUCCACUAUGACCCCGAACUGUGGGGUGAUGAUGUCCUGGAGUUCAAGCCAGAGAGAUUUUCUGAGGGAGUUAUGAAGGCAACAAAAAUCCAGGGUGCCUACUUCCCCUUCAGCUUGGGGCCAAGAAUGUGCAUUGGAAACAACUUUGCCCUCUUGGCAUCAAAAAUGGCAUUGUCAAUAAUUCUGCGUAGCCUUUCUUUAGAGCUCUCUCCAUCCUAUGUCCACGCCCCCAUUGUUCGUGUCACCACCCAACCUCAGUUUGGGGCUCAUUUGACCUUGCGCAAAGUCUAG